CAGUCACAGCAACACUACAUGCAUGCAUCUCUUUCUCUCGCAACCAAGACCCCGAGACCGAUGAGAUGCCAGUACUUUGAGACAAAUAGGGUCAAUUGCAGUCUCUCUCUUUUGCUUCCUUGCAGUCUAUUCAUCAUAUCUGUCUGUCAACGAGUGAUCUAGCUAGCAAUCCCCUCAGUCAAGCCAGCUAGCUACCGGUAGUGGGCAGCAACAUGGUCUCCGUAUUAUCGGCACGACGAAAAAGAAAACACAGCACGAAGGAACAACCGCAGCCAUCUUCAUCUUAUCGAGUCUGUGUGUUGGGGAUCUUGGCCCUGCUUGCUUUGUGCCUGGUAUUGUUUAAUGCCGGUACUGUGAAAGACAUUGUCGUGACAAAGUCUCCACGACGGGCAUCCAACAUCCAUGAAGCACCAAUAAUGAGAAAGAAUGGACCAGUUGCCAGCUGUGUGUGGAGCCCCGAGAGUGAAGGUGACUGCAGCAAUGCCUUUUCCAAACUGAUACUAUAUCCCGCAAGCAAUACAACAGAUGGACCACUUAUUGAUGUUCCUCGACGGUGGCUAUUCUUUGGAGAUUCCACCAUGUGGAGGCUCUUUGCCUAUUCUGGUGUCCUGGCACGCUACUUUGUCAAAGAACCUGCCAGAGACAUACCCAAAGCAUGUCCUUCCCAAUUUCAAUGCAAGAGACAUCAACAUAAGAGGUGUGAAUUGGCAGAACUAUUUCAAUUACAACCAGCCAACCACUGGAUUCCUCCAAAUGCUUCCCUGGGAGAGGGACCUAUAGAAUUUGGAGCCAAAAAUCCCUUUUGUCAGGACUGCUCAGGAUGCAACUCAGUUUAUGCCACUUGCAAGUUCAACAGCACCAACAUCACCACAAACUGCGAUACCUCCAGGAUGAUCUAUGGGGGUUACUUUUCUAUCGAGUUUGCAAGGGAUGUCGAACUCCAAAGUACACAAUUCCAAACCACCCAAGAAAAUGUCGCACAGUUUAUGCAGAAUCAUUUCAAUGGACCAAUAUCCCUGCAAACAAGCUUUGGCGGAAAACCCAUUUGUGUUGUGUCAGCGGGGAUUCAUGACAUGGCCAUAGCAAACAUGAGCGCAUCCAACUUUGUUGGCAUUGUGGAUUGGUACCUUGAGUUGUUGCAACAGCAAUGUGACAGUAUUGUGUGGCUCCAAAAUGCAGCACCCCAACGCCAUAGUGGUACAGAUCCAUUUGCCAAGUUUGCCAAACAGCAUUGGGUCAGUGUUGAGGAAUGGAACAGAGCAGUGCAUCAGCACUUCAAUGACACCACAGCACUGGACAACAGCAGGAUUCUGGUUAUGGAUGUGUUUGAAGCAUCCAAAGAAUGGCCAUUUGACACUGAAGAUGACAAUAUUCACAAAUCCACUGACUGGUAUCGAAAGCUUGCAACAUUCUUUAAGGAAAUGGCUCAAAAGACAGUAUCAAUUCCCGAUACUUUGCCACAAAGUCAAGCUGUGAGGUGACGCACGUGCUCCGGGGUGGACCAACAACGUUAACAGGCCUGAUGUCUUGGUACGCAGGGCAAUGCUUUGUCCAACCACUAUGAGCUGGGACUUGGAGCCAAAAUGCAGGAGCUUGAUCUUUGGCGUGUUCGUUUUCGAGUGGAAGCAAGCAAGUUGCUUCUGCGGGAUCAGUUUUCAGUUGGGAGAUGCAAUGAAUACAUUGGGAUCUGCGCUUGAGCUCUUCCAGUUGAGUUUCCACUAAGCGAGAAGUGAAAUCACCAGUCUUGACAAUCGGAGUCCUCAAGAGCAAGGAUGCUACUGUAGUGAGGAAUUUAAGCUUCGUUGUGAAGUGAAAUGUCUCUUAAAUGGGUGUUGUGGCUGAGGAGCAUCUCUCUUCAUUGUGUACCGCUGCAGCAGUGAUAUACUUCUUAGCCUAAGCCUGGCCCCUCGCCGGCAUUCGCAGAUAACUUCCCUAAUCUUUACAAAGGCACGUCCUCUUUCGUGAUAUACAUCCAUGUCUCUCGCAAAUUUGCUUCCCUUUUCAGCGCUUCGCCUCUUAAAGAAAAUAGCAAUUUUCAGAAA